GUCUACAGGGGAGGGGGAUUGGUCGUCAGAUCAUUGCAGAGAGGCUGGUGGUGUGCGCUCUCUCUCCGCAGGGCCACAGACUGACUACUCCCCUUUCUCUCCAAUAUGGACUGGACGCGGCCGAUUAUGCACUCUGUUUCCUAACGAGGCGCGACGCAAACUACGCCUGUUGUGGAACAUCUCAGAUGGAAUCGAUCAUAUGUGAAGAUUGAAGCCCGUGAGAUCUGGAAUAUACACACCUUUUUUACCUUUUGCUGCGCUUUCUGAAACGGUCUCCGAAACCUACGCCCGCUUCUCAUGCGCUUCUACUGGCUGCUGCAGCAUCCUUUUCGAACCGUUUCCGAGCGAAUCGCGCCGAUUUGAUUAUCGAUUAUCAGCAAGCGGCGCUGGUAUCAUGUUUCUUAGGUAGGGCCCGGAUGUUCCAAAGAUGCACUGGUUCGUUUUCUUAGGUGGUUCUUGCGAUUAUCCUUUCCUGAUCUUUAGCUCCAUAAUGGGGAUCAGGUAAUAUUAACUAAGCCGCAAGAGAAGGAAUAUCUUACGCUUUGCGUUUUUCAUUUUUUCUUCCCCCUUUUUUCUUUCAUUUCUUUCCCUUGGGUUGUUUUUUCCUACCCCCUCCUUUUUUUUUUUUUUACAACAUUUUCUUCAUUCACCUUCGGAUAAAGCUGGACCACAUAUAUGGUAAAUGAAAGCAAAAACAUGUACAUACCGGAGGACACCCUUGAAAACCAUCAAGGCUCCAACUAUUCCAGUCCGUCGUUGGCUCCAGUCCCCAGUCUGAAUGAGGACGAGCAUGUGGAGGGCGGGGGUGGGGUGCUGGGUCUUGCACCUGAACACAUUCCCACCCCUGGUGCCCCCCUCAACUGGCAGGCAGCCAUCAACGCGGCACGGCAGGCCAAGCUGAUGGGCACCACCGCAGCCCCGAUCUCCACUGCGAGCUCCACACAGCGCAAACGCCAGCACUACACCAAACCCAAGAAACAGGCCAGCACUGCCUCCACGCGCCCACCCCGAGCCCUUCUCUGCCUCACUCUUAAAAACCCCAUCCGCAGGGCGUGCAUCAGUAUCGUGGAAUGGAAACCGUUUGAAAUCAUAAUUUUGAUGACUAUUUUUGCAAACUGUGUGGCCUUAGCUGUCUACAUCCCUUUCCCCGAGGACGAUUCCAACGCAACCAACUCAAACCUGGAACGGGUGGAGUAUCUCUUUCUGAUCAUUUUUACGGUGGAAGCAUUUCUCAAAGUUAUUGCAUACGGGUUGCUGUGUCAUCCUAAUGCGUACCUGCGGAACGGCUGGAACUUGUUGGAUUUCAUCAUCGUGGUGGUAGGGCUGUUCAGUGCAAUAUUAGAGCAGGCCACUAAAGGGGAUGGUGGGACUUCAAUGGGAGGCAAGGCUGCAGGGUUUGAUGUAAAAGCCCUGCGAGCCUUUAGAGUGUUGAGACCUCUGAGACUCGUAUCUGGAGUACCUAGUUUACAGGUGGUGCUGAACUCCAUCAUUAAAGCCAUGGUUCCCCUCCUGCACAUCGCUCUGCUCGUUCUGUUCGUCAUCAUCAUUUAUGCCAUCAUCGGCCUCGAGCUCUUCAUGGGCAAGAUGCACAGAACCUGUUUUUUCUUCAAAGAUGGACACAAAGGUACUAUAUCUGAAGAGAAGCCGGCCCCCUGCGCCCCAAGCUCCACCCAUGGACGACACUGCUCCUCGGCCAACAUAACGCAGUGCAUGAUGGGAUGGGCGGGCCCAAAUGAUGGAAUCACGAACUUUGAUAACUUUGCAUUUGCCAUGCUAACUGUGUUUCAAUGCAUCACGAUGGAGGGCUGGACUGACGUCCUGUACUGGAUGCAGGAUGCCAUGGGUUAUGAGCUUCCAUGGGUCUAUUUUGUCAGUCUGGUCAUCUUUGGAUCCUUUUUCGUUCUAAAUCUGGUUCUGGGUGUGUUGAGCGGAGAGUUCUCUAAAGAGCGAGAAAAGGCCAAAGCUCGUGGUGAUUUCCAGAAGCUCCGUGAGAAGCAGCAGCUGGAGGAGGAUCUAAAGGGCUACCUGGACUGGAUCACGCAGGCGGAGGAUAUCGACCCUGAGAACGACGACGAGGGACUGGAUGACGACAAGCCUAGAAAUCUGAGUAUGCCGGCCAGUGAAAAUGAGUCAGUGAACACUGAUAAUGCUCCCGCUGGAGACAUGGAGGGAGAGACCUGCUGUACUCGCAUGGCAAAUAGGAUCUCCAAAUCCAAAUUCAGUCGAUAUUCACGCCGAUGGAAUCGGUUAUGUCGGCGCACGUGCCGUGCAGCAGUGAAGUCAAAUGUGUUCUACUGGCUGGUGAUUUUCCUGGUAUUUUUGAACACGCUUACCAUUGCCUCUGAGCACCACCAGCAGCCAGACUGGCUCACCAAUGUACAAGAUAUCGCCAAUAAGGUGAUGCUGGCUCUUUUUACCGGUGAGAUGCUGCUGAAGAUGUACAGCCUGGGCCUACAGGCCUAUUUCGUCUCCCUUUUUAACCGCUUCGACAGUUUUGUGGUGUGCGGUGGAAUUCUGGAGACUAUCCUGGUAGAGACUAAGAUCAUGUCACCCCUCGGCAUCUCUGUGCUGCGCUGUGUGCGUCUGCUCCGCAUCUUCAAGAUCACCAGGUACUGGAACUCUCUCAGUAAUCUAGUGGCGUCUCUGCUGAACUCGGUGCGCUCUAUCGCGUCCCUGCUUUUGCUGCUCUUCCUGUUCAUCAUCAUCUUCAGUCUGCUCGGAAUGCAGCUCUUUGGUGGCAAGUUCAACUUUGACGAGACGCGCCGCAGCACCUUCGAUAACUUCCCCCAGUCUCUCCUCACCGUCUUUCAGAUUUUGACCGGAGAGGACUGGAACUCUGUGAUGUUUGAUGGGAUCAUGGCGUACGGUGGGCCCUCCUUUCCUGGCAUGCUUGUCUGCAUUUAUUUCAUCAUCCUCUUCAUCUGCGGAAACUACAUCCUCCUGAAUGUCUUCUUGGCCAUUGCCGUGGACAACCUGGCAGACGCAGAGAGUCUGACAUCAGCGCAGAAAGAGGAAGAGGAGGAGAAAGAGAGGAAGAAGCUGGCCAGAACGGCCAGUCCAGAGAAGCGCCAGAACUCUGAGAAACCACCUCUGAAGGAUGAAAAGAAAGAGGAAAAGAUUGAACUAAAAUCCAUCACUUCUGAUGGAGAGACGCCAACUGCUACCAAGAUCAACAUAGAUGAGUACACAGGGGAGGAGAAUGAGGAGAAGAACCCAUAUCCUGUGAACGAUUUCCCAGCAGCAGAGGAGGACGAUGAGGAGCCAGAGAUGCCUGUAGGUCCUCGUCCACGUCCACUCUCCGACAUUCAGCUGAAGGAGAAAGCUGUCCCCAUGCCAGAAGCCAGAGCUUUCUUUAUUUUCAGCCCCAAUAACAAGUUCAGGGUUUUGUGUCAUAAGAUUGUAAACCACAACAUCUUCACCAAUUUAAUCCUGUUCUUUAUACUGCUGAGCAGUAUUUCACUGGCAGCGGAGGACCCAGUGAAUAAUGACUCAUUCAGGAAUCAGAUUCUAGGCUAUGCAGAUUAUGUGUUUACAGGAAUCUUCACCAUAGAGAUCAUACUGAAGAUGACAACGUAUGGAGCAUUCCUACAUAAGGGUUCAUUUUGUCGGAAUUAUUUUAAUAUUUUGGAUCUGGUGGUGGUCAGUGUGUCUCUGAUCUCCUCUGGAGUUCAGUCAAGUGCCAUUAAUGUAGUGAAGAUUCUCAGAGUGCUGAGGGUGUUGAGGCCCCUGAGAGCAAUCAACAGAGCCAAGGGCCUCAAACAUGUGGUCCAGUGUGUGUUUGUAGCCAUCCGUACCAUCGGGAACAUUGUCAUCGUCACCACUUUGCUGCAGUUCAUGUUUGCCUGUAUUGGUGUUCAACUUUUCAAGGGCAAAUUCUUCUACUGCACAGACACCUCUAAACAGACACAGUCCGAAUGCAGGGGGUCCUAUAUAUUAUUCAAAGAUGGGAAUGUUGGGAAGCCAGUGAAAUCACAGCGUUCAUGGGAGAACAGUGACUUCAACUUUGAUGAUGUCCUGCAGGGCAUGAUGGCUCUGUUUGCCGUGUCCACUUUUGAGGGUUGGCCAGGGCUCCUCUACAGAGCCAUUGACUCCCAUGCAGAGGAUGUUGGUCCAGUCUACAACUACCGUGUGAUCAUCUCUAUAUUCUUCAUCAUCUACAUCAUCAUCAUUGCCUUCUUCAUGAUGAACAUAUUCGUAGGUUUCGUCAUUGUGACAUUUCAGGAGCAGGGAGAGCAAGAGUACAAAAACUGUGAGCUGGACAAGAACCAGCGGCAGUGUGUGGAAUAUGCCCUGAAGGCCCGUCCCCUGCGCAGGUACAUCCCCAAGAACCCGUAUCAGUACAAGGUAUGGUACGUGGUGAACUCUACCUACUUUGAGUAUCUGAUGUUCACCCUCAUUCUUCUCAACACCAUCUGCCUGGCCAUGCAGCAUCAUGGCCAAUCUCAGUCAUUCAGCAAAGCCAUGAAUAUCCUCAAUAUGUUGUUCACUGGCCUAUUCACUGUGGAAAUGAUCCUAAAACUCAUCGCCUUCAAACCCAGGCAUUAUUUUGUUGAUGCAUGGAACACGUUUGAUGCCCUUAUUGUAGUGGGUAGUGUUGUUGAUAUAGCCAUCACAGAGGUUAACCCAGCUGACCCCUCCUCCUCUCCCCCCUCCUCUGUGGUAAGACCAAUGGGCCUCCAAAACACUGAAGAUAACGCCAGGAUCUCAAUCACGUUCUUUCGGCUGUUCCGUGUGAUGAGGCUGGUGAAGCUCCUGUCUCGGGGAGAGGGCAUUCGGACGCUGCUCUGGACCUUCAUUAAAUCCUUUCAGGCUCUUCCCUAUGUUGCUUUGCUGAUCGUAAUGCUGUUCUUCAUCUACGCCGUCAUUGGGAUGCAGAUGUUUGGUAAGAUUGCCCUGAGGGACAACAGCCAGAUCAACCGAAACAACAACUUUCAGACGUUUCCUCAGGCUGUUCUGCUGCUCUUCAGGUGUGCAACAGGGGAGGCGUGGCAGGAAAUCAUGCUGGCCUGUUCUCCGAACCGCCCGUGUGAGAAGGGGUCAGAGGUCAACCACAACAGUGAAGACUGUGGCAGCCACUUUGCCAUCAUCUACUUUGUUAGCUUUUAUAUGCUUUGCGCCUUCCUGAUCAUUAACCUCUUUGUGGCCGUCAUCAUGGACAACUUUGACUAUUUAACACGUGAUUGGUCGAUAUUGGGGCCGCAUCACCUGGAUGAGUUUAAGAGGAUAUGGGCAGAAUACGAUCCUGAGGCCAAGGGUCGGAUAAAGCACCUGGAUGUGGUGACGUUGCUGCGCAGGAUUCAGCCUCCCCUUGGAUUUGGAAAGCUUUGUCCACAUAGAGUGGCGUGCAAGCGGCUUGUGUCCAUGAACAUGCCUCUCAAUAGUGACGGGACGGUGAUGUUCAACGCAACUCUCUUUGCUCUGGUACGAACGGCUCUACGCAUCAAAACUGAAGGUAACCUGGAGCAAGCAAAUGAGGAACUCAGGGCCAUCGUGAAGAAGAUCUGGAAGAGGACGAGCAUGAAGCUGCUGGAUCAAGUCGUUCCCCCUGCUGGAGAUGAUGAAGUAACAGUGGGGAAGUUCUAUGCCACAUUCCUGAUUCAGGAAUACUUCAGGAAAUUUAAGAAGCGCAAGGAACAGGGCCUGGUGUCCAAAAUUCCUCCAAAGACUGCUCUUUCACUGCAGGCUGGCCUGCGUACACUGCAUGAUAUGGGUCCUGAGAUCAGAAGAGCGAUAUCAGGAGACCUGACUGUGGAGGAGGAGCUGGAGAGAGCCAUGAAGGAAACCGUGUGUUCUGCAUCUGAGGAUGAUAUCUUCAGGGUAAAGCGGUCUGGCGGUCUCUUCGGUAACCACGUCAACUACUACCACCAGAGUGACGGCCACGCCUCCUUCCCACAGUCCUUCACAACACAGCGGCCGUUGCACAUCAGUAAAUCCGGGAGUCCCGGCGAAGCAGAAUCUCCCUCUCAUCAGAAGCUCGUCGACUCCACCUUCACUCCGAGCAGUUAUUCUUCCUCAGGAUCCAACGCAAACAUUAACAACGCCAACAACACAGCCAUCGGACACCGGUACCCCAAACCUACCGUCAGCACAGUGGACGGACACACGGGGCCGCCCCUCACCACCGUCCCACUACCACGGCCCACAUGGUGCUUUCCUAACAAGAGGAGCUGUUUCUAUGACACUUUCAUGCGCUCUGAUUCCAGUGACAGUCGUCUCCCUAUAAUACGGCGAGAGGAAGCAUCUACAGAUGAGACGUACGAUGAAACAUUUCUAGAUGAGCGAGAUCAGACCAUGCUCUCGAUGGACAUGAUGGAAUUUCAGGAUGAAGAGAGCAAGCAAUUGGCUCCCAUGGAGGAGGCGGAUGUAGGGGAGGAGAGGAGGCCGUGGCAGUCUCCACGGCGACGGGCCUUUCUCUGCCCCACUGCACUGGGUACAUACUCACACACACAUUCAUUACAGUUAAUACAGAUCAGUACAAUCAUUAGUUUCGCUUCAAAUGUGACGUUGAAGUCAACUGCAUAUUUGCUUUUCAACACAGGUCGACGGUCUUCCUUUCACUUGGAGUGUCUGAGAAAACAUAACAGACCUGAUGUUUCGCAGAAAACAGCACUACCACUGCAUCUAGUGCAUCAUCAGGCUCUGGCUGUGGCAGGGUUGAGUCCCUUGCUGAGACGGAGUCAUUCUCCGACACUGUUCACGCGUCUGUGUUCCACACCUCCUGCGAGUCCCAGCGGCCGCGGCGGGGGAGGCCCGUGCUACCAGCCCGUCCCGUCUCUGCGGUUGGAGGGCAGCGGAUCUUACGAGAAACUCAACAGCAGCAUGCCAUCUGUGAACUGCAGCUCGUGGUACAGUGACAGUAACGGCAACCACAGCCGGAGCGUGCAGAGGACGCAGCGACCCGUAUCCCUCACGGUUCCUCCGGUCACACGCAGAGACUCCAUAUCCCUGGCUCAUGGGAGCGCCGGCAGCCUCGUGGAGGCGGUGUUGAUAUCCGAGGGUUUGGGUCGCUAUGCACAGGAUCCCUCCUUCAUCCAGGUAGCGAAGCAGGAACUAGCGGACGCCUGCGACAUGACUAUGGAGGAGAUGGAGAACGCUGCCGACAACAUUCUCAACGCCAACGCGCCGCCCAACGCCAACGGAAACCUGCUGCCCUUCAUACAGUGCAGAGACACUGGCUCCCAGGAGUCCCGUUGCAGUCACACGCUGGGCCUCUCGACCGCCACGGGCUCCGACGAGCUGCUGGGGGUGGAGUUAGAGUGCUCCGAGGGGAACAGCACUCUGAUGGAGGACGAGGACAUGGAGUGCGUGACCAGUUUGUAGGGGGAACAGCAGCAGAACGGAGGACUUCCUGUGUCUUAGCCCAGCUCUCUCUGAGGACACUGCUGUCCUGCAGUCUGACCUGUCUGUUUGUUGCGAGUACCUACUGUAGGGGUAUAAGGCCAUUCUGCUUAGCUGAGACCGAGUUGGUUUUUAGUUCGUCUGUGUGUUUGCGAGAGCACGAGCGAGUAGGCGUGUGUACAUGUUUGUGUGUGCGUGUUUCUAAAGUGCCUCACAGUUCUCACAACCUUGAUUGCAGUAAGGAAACGAAACCCUGACCGAGCAGGGAAUGAAAGGAAAAGAUGCGCUACCGUUGCUCAAGCAGUGGGAUCUGUCCGCCGGUGGGAGGAUAGAGCGAGUUUGCGCUGACUUGUGUGUGUGUGUGUGUGUGGCAGUAGGACUCGACGGCCGAAUCUUCGGCGUGGACGUGUGGUGCCGAGCAGGUGGAUCUUGAGGACCGUGUCGGGAAUUUGCCGCCCGGGUUCGAGAGAUGUUCAGAGGGACACAUUGGAGCGGCUCUCCAUCCAUCCAUCCGUUCAUCAGGAGAAGUGUCGUCUGCAAGCGCCCUCACGUCAUCCUUCUCCUUUAAGGCUUUCUUUUGUGUUCAGUUGAUGAUUUGUGCUGCUUUUUGAAUUUGAUUUCUACCCACAAUUCUCUAGUUAGCUUUUCUUUUAAUCAGCGGAAGACUGAACUCCCUGAAUUGCUCUCUUUCUCGUGUACCGUUAUGGCUUUCAGGUAGCUGCUAGCUGUGCAAGGUACGGGUCAUUGCAUCAGUGGCCUUUUAUUCCAGAUCUGCUUCAGGUUUUAUUUCCUUUUUUUAUUUUCCAGCAUUUAGUGUUUGUAAUGUUGUUUAUCUUGGAUUGUACACAGAUGAAUGCUGUUUUUUUUUCUUAAAUUAUUAUUAUUAUUAUUGAAGGCGUUUAAGAUGUUUAUGCCAGAUGCAGUGUUGUGAAUCUAAUGCCUCUUACAGACACAAAAAAAAUAUUUAUUUAUUUAUUCCUGUCGGAGGUGAAGCGUGUUCUGCCGGGGGUUUAUUGGUAGCUCACAAGCUGUAAAUGAGCGCUGUCACUCUCCUGGACGCAGGUAGCACUGACGGCUCUCAUGGCUGCUGUUGGAUUGGACUCACGUUUGCUCUGAAACUACUGACGUUCCUUCACUGCUGAUCUCCAGAAACAUUCAGCCGACAGCUGCGAUUCUGUCACGAUCCCACCUGCUCGACACAGGGAACAGCAGAUCUUCGGAAGGUCAGUAAAGGUGCACUUUGAGGAGAGGAAGGGUGGAGUAUUCAGGGAUGUCUGGGUAGCGCAUCAUUUAAAAAAACAAACUCUAAUGUAGUUCACACAGGGCUAAAUAUAUAACCAUCAUUAUGAAAGUACCAACAUCAGCAGUGUCAUCAUCAUACAAUGUUAUUGAUUGCUAUUAUUAUGAUUAUUAUUACUAUUAUUGUUAAGGAUAUUUUUCUGCUGGGUUUAGCACUGUUUCCAUGCAGUUCGGCAGACACACAGAGAACUACUUAUCAAUCUAUUAUGCAAAUAAGGUGUUGAAGCGUUAACAUUGUGUUGGUAAUGUGUUGGCGGGAUGGAAGACGUCCCCUAAACACAUGCGCUGAUGAGAAACCUGACCAAUCCACUUCCAGGCGUCUCUCUGUUCGUGCCACACUAGACCGGGUUAGAAGUUCUGUCACCGUUUUGCACACGACUUCAGACGAUAUGAAUUUCUCUUUCCAUGUAUGAAUAGAUAAUUAUUUUUGUCUACACCGAGCGUCCUGGCGUUUUGUUCCAGGCCUCGAACAUCGCAUUCAAUCUCAGUCUCCAGUCCUGCGCUGUUUUUUUUUUUUUUGGUUGAAUGAGUUCCUGAAUGUUUACAGGAGGUCUCUGCUCUGAGGAUGAUGCAAAGCUUGUGAAAAAACCGUGACAAAUGUAGCCAGAACCCACCUGCUCUGUUCCAAAGCCGCCACCACACCCUCAUAUCUCCUACACACACGUGCCAUAUGUCAUUGUGAGGCUGCCCCAGGCAUAUUUCGAGGCCUUGGUUGUGUACGUGUGCGAGUUUCUCCGUGUUUAGCAUAUGCAGAGUACGGAAACGAGCGUGUCUGUGCUAGUAUAUGCAGGAUGAGUGCGUGAGUGCAUGCGUAUGUGCUUGCAUACCACAAGAUAUGCAAAAACAAUGCAAUAACUUUGACUGUACAACAGUUUCCUUCAGAACUACAGCUGUACAAAACUCUAAGAUACAGAGAGAAGUAUAUUCACUGUUGUGUAUUAAGUUACAGAACUUUAAAUUGAAGAAACCUGUCAUACUUGAAAUCGGGUGCAUUUGAGUAUUGAGUAUUUUGAAAUAAUCUUGUGCGGGUCAGUUUGGUUUGAUGUUUUUCUUCUGUUGGUUUCAAUGAUCUCUGCAUGAGGAUUCUUUUGGUGUGCCAAGCGUUUUGAGUAACUAUUUUUUUGUUGUUGUUGUUGUUUUCAUUUGAAACAUUGAGGAAACACUGAUGACGGGGAGCGAAGGUGUAAAUACAGACUGAGGAGAGAAGCAUCUCGGCGUGAAAAUGAUUUUGCAUAUCUUGUGCUCAGCUGAAAGGUGCAUGAUACGCAAGAGCAGCUCUCUCUCUUUCACCCUUUAUCUUUUCAUUCGCUCACCCUCUUUGUCCUUUCUUUGGCAGACAUCACAGUGAAGGCGUUUUAUCACGGCACCCGUGCGCCGGUGAACGGGCUCACUCUAAAUAGUUGGUCAUGCACAUUAAUUCUCGCUAUUAUUUGAGGCUGCAAGCGGAAACAUUAGAAAUCCCCUUUCAUGACAAGCUGCAUUCUGCGAGGAGAUUUAGGUUGGAAAUAAUGGAUUUGGAUGCUAUGCUUGAAUUUUUGGGUCAUGUUUGCAUGGAAUCUAAAGAAUCGAACUAGCAGACGGAGUCCUCCUCUCCCUUCAUUAGCCAAUGAUUGUAUAUUUUUAUAGACUUAUAGUAAAUAAUUAACACAUGAAAAGAGACCAUAUAAAAUCAUCUAUAUAUGCUGAAUGUCAGGGCUAAAAUGACUACACACAACCGUGUUUGAGAAUGUAUGUAGUGACUACAUAUAGAUAGAAAUUAAAUUUAUGAUAGAGAAAUAUAGAGUAAAUCAUUCGUAUUCACCGCAGUAGCUCCUUUUGAAACUCCGCUCGUACGGCCUGUUAUUAAGCAGGAUGGUUUGGUGUUUUUACUGAGGGAGGAGUGCAAUGAGAUUAAUCAUGUGAUUUUGAAUCCGAGGGCUUUUUCUCAGCUGCUUUAUUCAGAUCAACACAUCACGUUCCCCUCCGAGCACCUGCACAUGAUAGAACAGUGUGGAAAAGCCACAAGCUUUCAUGACACAAAAGCAGCGCCUGUGUUGAAUGAAACUGCUAAUGAAUGAACACAGAGAGCUGUCUGCUCAGGCCUUGGGGAAAUGUACCAAAUAUUUGACUGAAUAUUUUAUUAGUUGCUCAGUGAGGUUUUUGCCCAAAUGGUUGUAAUGUAGUUUUUCUUCUCUCAGAGAAUCAGAAGUUAUUUUAUAUAUUUUAAAAUAUGAGAAAUAUUUAUCAGAUGGAAGUUAUUUCGCACUGGUUGGAGGGAAUGUCGGUGACGUAAUGGAUGACAUUUCAGCAGGGGAAGUGUAGGUUGCUCUCCCGAUGGACUUUGAUUGAUUUUGGUUUGUAUUUUGGUUUGCCAUCUGUAGCAGUAGCGCACAAGUUUCCCCAAUAGAAAAGCGUAUAUUGAAAGAAAUGGUUUUAUGUAUGCAUUUAAUGCUUAAUAUUUUUGGAAAUAUAAUACCCUCAGAAAAGAGUAAACUAUCCAUAGCAAAUGAGCAGCAUUGUUACAACCAUUCAAGUUCACAACACAUUACAGUAAAACGCAGUUUUUUUUUUAUCUUUAGGGUGUUGUUUUGUUUGUUUGUUUGUUUUAUUUGGAUGAACCCAGUAAUGCACGAACACAAAAUGUUAGUGGAUUUAUUAAGGAUGUCUGUAGUUCAAGUAUCCGUUCGGGCCGUCCGGUGUUUCUGGGUUCAUGCGUGUUCGUAUGCCAAUUCUGCACGUGUCAGACUGAAGGAACGUGCUGUGGGGUUGACCUUUGACCCAGAGAAAGCCUGGACAUGUGCAAUGUCUGCCCUCUGGUUUAACCUUUGUGUAGCACGUAUCUCUAAUGUCCUCCUUUAUAUGACUGUUAAUUUGAUAUUAUAAGUUAAUGUAGUGCGUUAAUGAGUUUUAAUGAUAAACUAAAAACUAAGGUGGUGAUGCAAUAAUCCCAAUUUGCACAUUUAAACCACGUUUAGUUUGACACAUCGUACACAUAAAUCCAAGUAAAGGAUGAAUUUAUGCAUAGAUUUUAGCUGUCGUGUAAAUACUAAUUUCGCCCUAAGCUCAAAACAUCAAUCUUGCCAUAGUUUCAUUUCAACAGGUGGGACUAUAAUUAAUUCAGAUUUGUUCAGUGGGUAGGUGAAUGCAAAACAAUUUAUAUGAACCAAUUUGAGGUUUUCGAGUGGCAUUUCCCCGCUUCUAGUUCCACCCAGCGAAUGUAGCACUAAGAGACAGAAGGAGAUGGGCGGAACGGUAACGAUUAUGACGAGGAGCUCAAAGAGUUAAUAUUGCACAAAUCUCCAUGUAUGAGUGAACCUUUUAACAACUUGUUCUUACCACAUCCUGCUUUCUUUCUGCAGAGAUGGAAGUAAUGCUCUGUUUGCUGGCGCCGAUCUCUGGGCUUGAAUUGUUGGGUCUCUUUUUCUCUAAUGGGUGGCAGGACUACUCACUCAUCUACAGAUGCAGCCCACAAUUCUUCCUGUUAUAGAGGCUGAAGCCCGAAUCUGCAUUACACUAUUUUCCUGCGGUCGGAGGUGAUUUGGUUUACGUUUAACAGCUUAAGACUCACGAAGGGAGGAAUCUUUGAGCGGAUCGUCUCAGUUGCUUUAUUUUCGGUGACCACACGAGCAGCUUCUGUAGUCUUGAUUGACGGUGCGGAUGGGAAGUGUAGUCUUGAGGUCCUCAGCUGUUUGUUAGAUUAACGAGCUGAAUUAAAAUUAGACGCGUGUCAUGCUUUUGGUAGAAUUCGAAGGCAUCAGUGCUGACCAUUCAGGUCUCUCACGAAACACCGUCAGAGGUCAUUCACAUUUUGGACUAUUUAAUGGAGUUUAGACCCCAGGUGUUAUUGAAAACUGUGAGACGUCUGCAUGGUCUGUCAUUCCCUCCUCUACUUUUGCUGAGACUCUUUUGUUUCAUUUCAUCAUUCUUUCAUUUGUUCAUUUAGAUUUUAAAAAGAAUACGCUACGUAAAUCUGAAGAUUCAAUCACUUUUUCUACUCCUAUUUUCAAAAAAAA